UACCCCAAAUGCACCGCAAGGGCGCCGCCGGCGCUGCGGAGCAUGGCAUGCGGGGUCAGCUAAGAUGGCGGCUGGCGGGCGGCUCUGAAUAGAGGUUCUGCGAGACCCGUGCUUGCUUCGAAGCGGCGCCCCACCGCACCGAGAAAACCGCUGGGAGGAUGCUAGUUCCUUUGGUACUGUGUGCAGCCCUACUGAUAGGAAGAAGUGCAACUCAGGAUAAUGAAUGGAUUGAUCCAACAGACAUGCUGAAUUAUGAUGCAGCUUCAGGAACAAUGAGAAAACCUGAUAAGGUGAAUCAGGAUGUUUCUGAAAUUAAGGAAGUGGCAAAAGAAACAAUGACAGAAGAAAAUAUUGAUUCCAAGUGUCAAAGUAGAUUACAUUCCAUAAUACAUAAGCUUGAAGACUGUGAAAAGAAAGAUAAAGCCAAGUUCCAUGAAAACAAUAGCAUUUACAUUUUUAAGCGAUACUUGAACAAAAUUUUAAUAGAAGUCAGAAGACUUGGUCUACCUGAUGAUAACACCGGGGAUAUGCAUUAUGAUGCUGCAAUCAUCCUUACUAAAACGACUUGUAAUGAAAUCAAUAGAUUCCUUAAUGAUGAGAGCUGGAAAACAGCGGCUUUAGAUGAAGCACUUAAUAAUAUUGUGAUCAAUUUUAGGCAUCAUGAUUAUGAAGCUUGGAAAUGGAAGUUUGAGGACACAUUUGGGGCGGAUCCAUACAAUGUCUUCAUGGUUCUGUUGUGUUUAGCAUGUAUUACAAUCCUUGUUGCUACAGAACUGUGGACACGCAUUGGUUGGUUUACACAGCUAAAACGUAUUAUGUUCAUAACUUUUCUCAUCAGUUUUGGAUGGAACUGGAUGUAUCUAUAUAAGAUAGCCUUUGCUCAGCAUCAAGCUGAAGUGGCAAAAAUGGGACAGUUCGAUAAAGUAUGUGCUGAGAAGAUUCACUGGACAGAUGGCCUUUACGAAUGGCUUCGAAACACAUGGACUGUCCAAGAUGAUCCUUGCCGAAAAUACUAUGAAACCCUAUUAGUAAAUCCUGUUUUAUUUGUUCCUCCAACAAAGGCAUUGGCUGUUACAUUUACCAAUUUUGUAACAGAGCCAUUGAAACAUAUAGGGCAAGGAAUUGGUGAAUUUAUUAGAGCGCUCAUGAAAGAGAUCCCAGUCUUGUUACAAAUUCCUGUUCUACUCAUCUUAGCAGGGGCAGUUUUGAUUUUCUGCUGUGGGGCAGGAAGAUCAGUUACUGCUCUGAGACAGUUAACUUACCAGGACAGACAACCACCUCCUGCACUUUUCCCAAGGAGUGGAGAAGAAUCAAGACAAAUACUUUAUCGAAGACAGAAUGGUCCAGGUGAUGGUGGCUACUUGAUGGAAGGCCCUGGCUGCACUGAAAGAGGACCUUAUGAUAGAGGAGAUGCUUCAACAGAAAAAUACAGCCCUAAAACAUCUGAAAGUGGCAGAGAAGGCAAGAUUGAGGUUUUGCAACCACAUACGAUAGAUGCAGCAACAGAAGAACAUCUGAAGUUGGCUGACCAGAGUAAACUGACUUCAGAAAAAGAAAACUCACAAAAGCAAGAAAAAACCAGUGAAGACAAUCUGGGUACAAUGGGCCCUAAAUCAAACAAUCUGGCUACUGAUAGAAUAGUAGAACUCAACACCAAUAAAAGAUUGGAUGAAACAAGCAUUACUGAACUCAGCACACCUAGGCAUAUACAAAAACCUACAAAAAGCAAUGGAGAUGACGUGGACUGUAAUAUUAAAGAGGACAGUAGCUUGAAGCUAGAUGCUCUAGAGACAAGAGGAUUUAAAAGGAAAGGAAGCAGCUCAUGUGGAUUGGAAGAACCCACAGUGAACAUUGCAGAAAAUUUGAGCUUCACCGAACAAAAUCAGAGGAACACCGCUUCCUGAUAAUCUCCACUUUUACCAAGGAUUUUUUUUUUUAAUGCUUCGGGUUUAAAAUCAAACACACAGAGAACAAAGUGCAAACAUUACUGAAUUCAGAGAAUGGGUUACUUUAUCACUUGCUAAUACCCCAGUACUUUGUUGCAAAUUACUUAGGUUAAUACAGGCACAAUGAAAUCUUAAUUAUGUUUAUAAAGAUUUUUUCAAUCCAUUUUAAAAGCAUCUUUUGGAAGAACUGCAGUUAGACUUGAAUUGUCCAUGACCUGCUCUAUGGUUUUUAUAUUUACUUCUACUUGUACAGUUAAAAAACUUCAACAUGCAUGUAUAUCAUGUAAUUUACUAUAUGUUCUAAGGGCCCUUGAAUAUAAUUUAGCCACCCAUCUAACUUGAUCAGCAAACAAUCUCAUGCAUUAAUUUGAGCAGGGCCUGAAAGACCAGGUUGAAAUGGAGACCAAACAGUCAAUGCCCCUUUUAUUCUGUCCACUCAUUAUUACAGAUAAUAAUGGCUUUUUUGAGUCCCUUGUGUAUGCUACUUGCUGCAUGGGAGGCAACACAAAACACAGAGAAUGUAAUCCUAGUAAUGUUUUGAUGGAAAAACGCCCAACGCCUAGCUAGCUUGAACAUGUCUAGCUAAAUAUGACUUAUUUCUGUCUAAACGUGCAUAGGAGUAUGCCCUAAGGCAGACUUCCUCAACCUAGUAUUCUCAAGAUGUUUUGGACUUUUAACUCUCAGCAUUCCUGACAGUUGGCCAUAUGAGUUGGAACUGAUGGGAAGUGAAUUCUAAAACAUUUGAAGGACAUGACACUGAUAAAGAGCAAACUGUUAGGUCAAUUAUAGGGAAUUAUUGGGGAGGGCUUUUUAUAAUGUUCCAGCAUUAUUCAUGGUAGGGUUGGGGGUUUUAAUGGCUAAUUUGCCUGUAUGUUGGCUUACCUGGGGAGAAAAAGGACUGGGACACAUAUGCAAUAAACUCUCACUACAUUCAGCUAAUGACCACUACAACUUUCUAAGAUACAAAAUAUCCUACAAAUGUUAGUUCAAUUUCAGAAUCCAGACCUGAUUAUUAAAACUUAGAAACACG